AUGGCCGCCCCUCCCGCCUUCUCCUCCCGCCGGCUCCUUGCACCGGCGUCGUUGCUCUUGCUGCUUGCCUGCGCCCUCCGCGCUAAGGACAGUAGUGAGGCAGCAGAAGGAGCUGGAGCCUGGAAUGAAGAGGUGACCAAGUGGUGGGGAGAAUGGAGCUCCUGGUCCACAUGCUCCCGCACCUGUGGAGGGGGUGUGAUGUCCCGAGAGAGGCACUGCUUGCGGCAGCGGCUACAAGUAUCUCAGGGAACAAACAGCAGCAUGUGCCUGGGUCAGUCCAAGCACUACCAGCUGUGCCAGCAACAGCUCUGCCCUGCCAACGCAGCCAGCUUCAAGCAGCACCAGUGCGCCAGUUUCAACGCCAAGGCCUUUGGGAAGCACCAUUAUCACUGGAUGCCUCUUUAUCCAGAUGAUUACACCAGCAUCUCUAACAAGCCUUGUGAUCUCCAGUGCACUACCAGGAAUGGAGAGAGGCAGCUGAUGGCCCAGGCCCAGGAUGGCACGUCAUGCAAGGACAGGACCUACCAAGGGGUCUGCAUCAAUGGGAAGUGUGAGCCAAUAGGAUGUGAUGGCAGCCUCUAUUCUUCCCAGGUGAUGGAUCGGUGCCGGGUGUGCGGAGGAGAUGGAAGCACUUGCUACCGGGUUUCGGGCAGUUUCCGAAAGGGGAUCUCACAGUUAGGAUAUGUUUUCAUCACCAACAUCCCUGCUGGUGCCACAGACAUCCUCAUUAUUGAGCGAAGGAAAACAGAGAACAUCCUGGCACUAGCUGAUGAAUCUGGGCACUUCUUCUUCAAUGGGAAUUCUGCUAUUGACAAUCCACAGAACUUCAGAGUGGCUGGCACUGUGUUCAAAUACCGUCGGCCUUCAAACCUUCACUCUGAUGGCCUGGAGUACAUUAUUGCACAGGGGCCUACCAACCAAUCUCUCAAUGCCAUGUAUUAUAACUUCAAUGGGAAGAUGCCCCAUGUCACAUAUGACUACACAGUGCCAAGGGCGCUGUCGACAGCUCUUCAUACCGUUCCCCCGGCCGUCAAGAGGCCUCUGUACCUUCACUUACCGGAGCCCAGCCACAAUCGCCAGGAUGUCAUGCCAUCCAUUUCCCAAGAUUUCAAUGCCACUUGGAUCUCCCUUGCACCAGAGGACAUUGGGGACCGUUUCCCACAGGAGAAAGAGCAUGGUGGUAUGGCCUUCAAUAGCCAGAACUAUUUCCUGGGUAACUCCUCCGCUCAACGCAAGGGCUGGAAACACGAGGCAGAGGAGGAAAGGUUUCAUUUCCACGUCCGACGCGUCUACCACACAAAUGGAGCAGGUGAGGGUGAAGAGGUGGCAGUAGGUGGAGAAACAGAUAUGGCCCUCAGACUCAAUCAGAUUACGAUCAGCACAGCCGUGCCCCACGGCGCAGCAAGGCCUGAACUCCGUGAGACCAGCAAGAUUGGGCCGCCUAGGUUGCGGCUUUUCCGGAAACUGUGUCUCCAGGAUCCACAAAAUGCUGCCUUUUGUAGGGAACUGCACUACCUGGCAAUCAAGCUGGGGAGGAAGAAUUCAACGGUGAGGUUUUGGGGUGACCCAUUGGUGGAGUGGCCAGAAGGACUGCGCAAGCCACCAGCAAAGGACAACUUUCUAGAGAAUAUGAAUGUUGAGGUUUAUGCAGUGGAUGAAGCAACAAAUGACACUGUAGGAGCUGCAUCUUCCAAACCCAGUUCCAGCUCCAGCCUUCAGAGUGGCUUUGAGAAUAAACCUCCCUCAGAACCUCUUCAGGCUCCUGGCACUGAAAGCAAUGACUUUGAGCUGAACCCCCUCGGCCAUGACGACAUCAGUUUGGCUGACAUGUAUCGCUGGAAAGUGUCGGCCUAUGCUCCUUGCAGCUCCACGUGCACAUCAGGGAUCAGCACCUCCUAUGCCCUGUGCAUCCGCUAUGAUGGAGUGGAAGUGGACGAAGCCUAUUGUGAUGCACUGACACGUCCUGAACCGACUCAUGAGUUUUGUGCAGGGAGAGACUGCCAACCGAGGUGGGAGACCAGCCGGUGGAGCGAGUGUUCCAGGACCUGUGGCGAAGGCUAUCAGUACCGAACAGUGCGAUGCUGGAAGAUGCUGGCUCCAGGCUUUGAUAGCUCUGUUUACGAUGACAUGUGUGAGUCAGCUGGGCUGGCCAGGCCCAUGGAGCGGAAAUCCUGCAAGAACAAAGCUUGUGGGCCGCAGUGGGAGCUGUCGGAGUGGUCUGAGUGUUCUGCUCGGUGCGGUGGUCCAGGGACAAUGAAGAGAGAAGUGCGCUGCUCAGUAGAAGCCAACCUGUGCAAUGAGUCAGUGAGGCCUGUCAGUGAGAAGGAGUGCUCAGGCCCUCCGUGUGACAGGCACUGGACUGCCUCUGACUGGGGACCGUGCUCAGGUUUGUGUGGUGAGGGACGGAUGAGCCGCUUUGUCACAUGCCGCAAUUUGGAGGGGAAGGUGAUCUCGGACUCCCAGUGCAACCCCAACGCCAAGCCUUUGUCGAUCUACCCCUGUGGAGAUAAGAACUGCCCUGCACACUGGGUUGAGCAGGAAUGGGAUCAGUGCAACGCCACAUGUGGCCGAGGUGUCAAGAUGCGGACUGUGCUGUGCGUGGGGCUAGAAAACGGCCUGUACAGGGAGUACUCUGAGAAGCGCUGCAAUGCUUUUCCCAAGCCAGAGGUCCAGGCAUCCUGUUUCAAGAGACCCUGUUCAACCUGGUUUUCAACCUCUUGGUCCCAGUGCAGCAAGACCUGUGGUACCGGCCUGCGUUUCCGCGAGGUGAAAUGCUACCAAGGAGAAGCCCUGGGACAAGGCUGUGAGCCUGCUUCCAAGCCUGAAGCCAAGCAGACAUGCCAGCUGCAGUUGUGUCCUACUGAUGCCCCAGAUGAAGACUGUGAAGACAAAGUAACAGCUAACUGUGUGCUGGUCCUCAAAGUGAAGCUCUGUUCACAUUGGUACUACAGGAAGGCAUGCUGUAGAUCUUGUAGGAUUAAGUCACCCUGAUUUCCCCACCUGACCAUUUAACGUCCUUGCCUGGAACAAGGGGCAAAAUUUCCUUAAGAGACAGACGUGACUGAAAUCUGCAUUUUAGAACAGAAGCCUUGGGGUCCCCUAGUUCACGGGGACCCCUAGUGAACAUCCCAUCCAGCUCCUAGAAUAUUUUCUGUAGCAGUGUUUACAGGCCUUUUCAAAC